GUUCUCCUGGCUAUAAUAGUCCGACACGUUUCAAUGAGUUUAAUGUCCACGAAGCGUCACCCAGUUGCCUCUCACUCACUCUCUCGCUGCUCUCUCGCUGUCUAAUUUUUCAGCGUGAGUUUGAAAAGCACGUCCAGUUGCACACUUAACUAGUCGACGCCAUGGGAGCCUCCACCGGUCCAAGGCUUUCUGGAAUGCAGAAGCAAGUACUUGGUCUAUACAGAGAGUUUUUGCGAGCAGCUCGUUCCAAAUCUGCUGAAGAUCGACGUAAGAUUGAAUCAUUUGUGUCGGCAGAGUUCCGCCGGAAUUCCAAGCAAGUAGACCGCAAAAAUUUCAUCUACAUCGAGUACUUGCUUCGCCUUGGUAAGAAACAGCUUGCGCAGCUCCAAAGCCCUGAUACUGUUAGGUUGUCAUCGUUGGACAUCAGUGUCUCUGAAACCAUUAAUCAUAAGCCUUGAACUAAGACUUUUUUAUA